CUCCAGCUCGGGCCUGGCUUGAAGAGUUUGCGCUCGCCACCAGCAGGCUCAGGUCCUCAGCUCCCAGGCUGCCGCCUCGCCAUGGACACAAGGGUAGGCAGUAGGCCCGAGGGGCUCCCCGGCAGUGGCUGUGACCUGGGCAGAGCCCGGGAACACAUGCAAGCGGUCACCCGAAACUACAUCACCCACCCCCGUGUCACCUACAGGACGGUGUGCAGCGUCAAUGGGCCCCUGGUGGUGGUGGACCAGGUCAAGUUUGCACAGUAUGCUGAGAUCGUCAACUUCACCCUUCCUGACGGCACUCAGAGAAGCGGGCAGGUGCUGGAGGUGUCUGGGACCAAGGCAAUUGUUCAGGUGUUUGAAGGAACCUCUGGGAUCGAUGCCCAGAAGACCACCUGUGAAUUCACAGGGGACAUCCUACGGACUCCAGUGUCAGAAGACAUGCUGGGUCGGGUCUUCAACGGCUCCGGCAAGCCCAUUGACAAGGGGCCAGUGGUCAUGGCAGAGGACUUCCUGGAUAUCAAUGGUCAGCCCAUCAACCCCCAUGACCGCAUCUACCCAGAGGAGAUGAUUCAGACGGGCAUCUCUCCCAUCGACAUCAUGAACAGCAUUGCCCGUGGUCAGAAGAUCCCCAUCUUCUCAGCAGCCGGGCUCCCCCACAAUGAGAUUGCCGCCCAGAUCUGCCGCCAGGCUGGGCUGGUGAAGAAGUCCAAGGCUGUGCUGGAUUACCACGACGACAACUUUGCCAUUGUCUUUGCGGCCAUGGGGGUGAACAUGGAGACAGCCAGGUUCUUCAAGUCUGACUUCGAGCAGAACGGUACCAUGGGGAAUGUCUGCCUCUUCCUGAACUUGGCCAACGACCCCACGAUCGAGCGCAUCAUCACCCCACGCCUGGCACUGACCACUGCUGAAUUUCUUGCCUACCAGUGUGAGAAGCACGUGCUGGUCAUACUGACCGACAUGAGUUCCUACGCAGAGGCCUUGCGGGAGGUCUCAGCUGCCAGAGAGGAGGUGCCGGGCCGCCGAGGCUUCCCGGGAUACAUGUACACAGACCUGGCCACCAUCUAUGAGCGGGCAGGCCGCGUGGAGGGCCGGGGAGGGUCCAUCACUCAGAUCCCCAUCCUCACCAUGCCCAAUGACGAUAUCACCCACCCAAUCCCAGACCUGACGGGCUUCAUCACAGAGGGACAGAUCUACGUGGACAGACAGCUUCAUAACAGACAAAUCUACCCCCCCAUCAACGUGCUCCCUUCCCUGUCGCGGCUGAUGAAGUCUGCCAUUGGGGAGGGCAUGACGAGAAAGGACCAUGGAGACGUCUCCAACCAACUGUAUGCUUGCUACGCCAUCGGGAAGGACGUGCAGGCCAUGAAAGCAGUGGUGGGGGAGGAGGCGCUCACUUCGGAGGACCUGCUCUAUCUGGAAUUCCUGCAGAAGUUCGAGAAGAACUUCAUCAACCAGGGCCCCUACGAGAACCGCUCGGUGUUUGAGUCCUUGGACCUGGGCUGGAAGCUGUUGCGCAUCUUCCCCAAGGAGAUGCUGAAGCGCAUCCCGCAGAGCGUGCUCGAUGAGUUCUACUCCCGCGAGGGGGCGCCGCAGGACCCCGCGUCCGACACUGCGCUCUAGCCCCAUCCAUAGCGGACCCCGGAGCUCGUCCCGGAAGCCCCUGCUCUACGCCAGUUCUACGCACGCCUCCGUGUCUUCCAAGGUCCCACACACCUGAACCAACCGCUUGAGUGCCCACUGUCAGCUACCCACCCCAACCACACCCCCUCCGCCUCGAGGCGGGGACGGGGGGGAGGGGGCUCCCACGCUUCAUCCCUCUCCCUGGAUUCCCCGCACUGGGAAAGAACAAAAGGUUGUUAACGCCUGUAUUAAGCACAUGAGAAUCACCUAGAGAACUUUACAAAAUACCAAGGCCCAGGCUCCAAACCAGAUCAGUUAAUCUGAAUCUGGAGGCAGAAUUCCUCUGCAUUGGUAUUUUUCCCCCAGGUACAGCUGGAGUUGCAACCACUAGUUUAGAGGCUGCAAGAUAACCCAGGUAAAGAUAAUGAGGGUGCACUUGAAGAAGUCCUGAGACACUCUCCAACCCGACAUACACAUAGGGUUUUGUUGUCAUUCUUAGGACCCUAAUACCUCAGAAGCAACAGCCCACAGAAUCCCCCAACUGCCAGGAAAUCCUCAAGCUUUGUCCCUGCAAAACAUUAUCACUUCAUCUUAAUUUGAAGCCAGGUGUUAAGGCCCCACUUGGGGCAGAUCCCCAGAAUUUGCUAGUUUUUAAAGUGCUCAGGAGGGGUGCUAACUCCUUCAGACCACUGGGGUUGGGAGGUGAGUGGACUACCAGAGGAGGUUUCCCUGGAAUGAGGGAGAACUGCUUUGGGUAAAGAAUCUGCAUUUUUGUCCCUCCCUGUAGGUCACAGUGGUCUUGGGAGACCCUCCCCACUCCUUAGAUUUCUCUGGGGGAAAUACCAGGAAUGAUGGGGCCCAGAGGGGAGAAGGUAGUUAGAAGUGAGUGGUGUGGUCCGGUAUACCUAGAGUUGACCCCUGGGGCCUCAGUAAACCUCUGAUAAGCUUGGGGUCAUUCCCCCUGAGAAGGGAUGGAAUGUGGAUGGUUCACUCAACACUGAAUCAAGCUACGUUGAUUGCUUGACUACCAUAUAUUAAAAACUUAAAAGGCAAACUGAAGAAAACAUUGAUGACAAAUAUAUAUAAAGGGUUACGGUUAAUAAGUUUUACAAAUCCAGUAAGAAACACUUUGAAGACCCUCAAAGAACAAUGUGAAGAAACAGAUAAUUCCCAGAAGAGAAAAACACUGAUAUUUAAUUGUUUAACUUUUGGUAGUCAUCAAGGAGUCAAAUUAGAACAUUUCCACUACCAAAUUAUUAGCAAAUGUUUAUUUAAAAUCACAAUAUUCAGCGCUGGUGGUGAUGGUUCAAGUAGGUCCUCUUUUAACAAUAGAAAAUUCUAGAUAGCUGGCCUGGUCUCACUGCUCCAAUCCCCUCCCUCCUUGUGAAGUAGGUGGUAUUAUUCCCAGUUUGCUGAUGCAGAAACUAAGACACAGAGGUCAAGUAACUCACCCAAAGUCCCACGGCUGAUGUGCAGGGUCCCUGCUUCACUGCGGGUAGAAGUGUAAAUGAAUAUAAAACCUUGGUGGUGGGCAGUUUGUAAACACAUAUUAACAAUUAAAAAAUGUUCGUUCCCUUUCA